UUCAGUUGUUUUGCAAAUUUCAUACAAUUUGCAUCGUACUUACGGUUAAAUUUAUUUACGGAUCGAUUUCACAGUGUUUGGGGCGAGAGUAUAGUGCGGUUAAAUGCGCCGCUCUUUUUUUGCAUGUGUAUUUUUUUGUUUUGAACUUUUCCAUUCAGAAAAAACUGAACCAAAACAAAAAACACAACAUACAACAACAACGAACGAACGCAGCUGUUUUUCUAAAUGGUGAACGUGUCGCGCCUUAUGCUAACCCACCACAAUACAACAGAAAUACACAACACCACUGUUUAGGAACUCUAUAAACAAAAGUCAUUUUUGGAACUUAAACGUCAAGCAACAACAACAAAAAAAAACAGAGUACGUCGUUAAACGUCUAAUUUCGUAACGAAAUUUUCACAUUCGUCUGAGAAAUUCGUGCGCUAGUGAUCGCACGUUAAUUGAAUUUUUUUCCCUCCCCAAAUUGUUCAAAUAAUCGCCACUUUGCCGCGCGGACGUAAGUGUAAAUCCACCACCUCCGGUAAUAUGGCCGCUACGGGAGGAGGGGGAGCAGCUGCUACAAGUGUUGUAGUUCUGGAUCGUGGCAACAAUACAACAUGUACAAUCAAUUUGCAUGGUGCAACUGUAGUAUCUUGGCGGGUCAACAAUCAAGAGCAGUUAUUUGUCAGCAAAUUGGCCUCUUUUGAUGGGAAAAAGGCAAUACGCGGCGGCAUACCAUUCGUCUUCCCUCAAUUCGGUCCAUGGUCAUUUGGUGCUCAGCAUGGUUUUGCACGCAUCACGCGAUGGAACCUGGAGAGACCACCAGAAAGGCUGCAUAAUGGUGAUGUAGAGGCUAUAUUUUCUUUAAUGGACAAUGAAUUCACCAGAUCCAUGUGGAAUUAUCAAUUUCGCAUUACAUAUCGUUUGAUAUUGCGUGAAAAGGAAUUGCAUUUCCAUAUAGGUGUUUAUAAUCCUAGCAAAGACUUAGCGCUUACAUUUAAUCUAUUGUUGCAUACGUAUUUAAAAGUUCCUGAUGUUAGACGCUGUCAAAUAACUGGACUGCAUGGUUGUACCUUUAUGGAUAAGACUCGCGAUGGUGCUAUGUAUCAAGAGGGCCGUGAAGUGGUGACGGUUAAUGAAUGGACCGAUCGUAUUUACCAGCAUACGCCUCAAGAGCACAUUAUAACGAAUGUGGUGUCGGGCCGUAAAAUGCGCAUACACAAGUAUAAUUUCCCGGAUACUGUUAUCUGGAAUCCUUGGAUUGAUAAGGCCCGUGAGAUAGGCGAUUUCGGCGAUGAUGAAUUUCCCAAUAUGUUGUGUGUGGAGGCUGGCCAUGUCUCUUCGCCGGUUAUAUUACUGCCAGGAACUGCAUUUGAAGCAAGUCAGAUAUUGCAGAUCAUAAUUGAGGGUAAUGUCAGCCGAAAGACUAAACGGAAUCGCUAGCGUUUAAAGAAUCGGAACCCCAUGAGGUAAACCGAUUCUUGAAACAAAAACAUUGCGAACUCUUAUCAUGAAACAGAAAUCAACUCAAACUAAAAUCUACCACAAACAAAACUCAAAUGUGACACAAAAUACUAUAAAAAAACAUAUAAUUAAUUAAUAUACACAUGUAUACGAAUUUUUCUAUUAAGCAACCGGAUGCACAUCAAUACCCAUCAAUAAAACUUAACAAUAAAAAAAUAACAACAAAUUAAUACGCCAUGAUUUCGGUGUUUUUGAUUUAUAUAAAUAGUAAUUGGUUUAACUGCUACAAAACAAAAUUUACACCGAAAAUCAGGCGUUUAAUAAAAUAAUUCCAUUAAAAUAUUAAUAAAUUUUACACAUUGCCAUUUUUUUUUAUUAAUUAAAUUCAAAAUAUUUAAAAUAAAAUUGUCUUAAACUCAAACAAUAAACAACGAUAGAUCUACAUAUACAA